AAAUUUCCGCACCAGUUUCAGAGAAUCAAAGAGAUCGAUCGAGAAUAAGAAGAAGAAGAUGGACGCGAAUCAUCCAGGUGCAGCUUUAGAUUCGUUGAUUUCAUCUUUCAACACUCGAAUAGCGGAAUUGCAAGAACUCGUCAUUGCUCGCAACAUGUAUCCGGCUAGCACUGUCGCAGAUCUGUCCGCCAUCGAUGCUGCUGUAAAGGCUAUGGAGCUUCAGGUCCAACAGAUCAAAAACCGUUUACGUGACGAGAUGCAAGCCAUUCCUAAAGCCAAAAAACUCAUUGAGGCAUCAUUGCAACAGCAAAGGAAACUGCAGAGUAUGUCUGUUUAUGUUCCUUCUUCAUACUUGCCAGAGAGAGCUACUUAUAUAAGCCAUGAACCUAGUAAAUUAAGUAAGAAAUUUAAUGUAAAUAAAGAAGAAGGAAAGUUUGUUUUGAUAUCAUUUGAUUUUCAGGAGAAAAAGAGCCGUUCCUCCCCUCCUAUGUGGUAUGUCACUUCCGAAGAGCUUGACUCACUAUCAUCAUAUAUGAGAGGAAGGCUGACUUUGGAAAAGGUGAAUGCAGCAAUCAGUGAUAUGGCUGCAUAUGCUCAAGCUAAUGCCCAGCUUGUUACAGCACCAAGGAAGAAGAUUUCAGACAGUGUUCUUGAGAAAGCGCUGGAACUAAGAAAUAUUGCAGAAACUGAUUUGGUAAAGGGCAAACAUUUCUUCCUAGAAAGUGACAUUAAAGGGCCUGCUCUCAAGCUUGACAACACAGGGAAAUCCAUACUAACUGUUCUUCGCCACCUUGGUCGUAUAAGUGAGACCAGAAUUGGGCACAAUCGCGUGAUCAUUCUCAUGAAGCCUCAAUGAAAAUGGCCUAUGCUCAUCUUUUGGAAGUUAUAAAUAUCUGUAAGUCAUUUGAUCAUUACCCAUUUUGAUAUGAGAACUUUAAAACAACUAAAAUAAGACAUGAAUGAUUAGGUAAUAAGCUUCUUGAGUUUUUAAGUCUUUUGAUUACAAUGAUAUUGAUCAUCACUUGUC